CACGAGACAUGAGACGACAAACAAAGUCAGUCACGGACUCUUCGUCUUCUACCUUCACACUUUCUUCCUUUAUAAUUUUCAGUUUAUAUUCUUCUCACUUUCCGAGCUUUUCCAGUGGACUUUUUUUUUUACAAAAAACGAUGGCGGCUCCGAUCAUACUUUCCUGUUUCCUUUUGUCAUUCUUCUUCUCUGUCUCCGUCUCUGCUCUUAACGUCGGUGUUCAGCUCACUCAUCCUACCGUUUCUCUGAGCAAAGAAUGUAGCCGGAAAUGUGAAUCAGAGUUCUGUUCAGUGCCUCCACUUUUGAGGUAUGGAAAGUACUGUGGACUAUUGUACAGUGGAUGUCCUGGAGAGAGACCUUGCGAUGGUCUUGAUUCAUGUUGCAUGAAGCAUGAUGCUUGUGUCCAAUCCAAGAAUAAUGAUUAUCUAAGCCAAGAGUGUAGUCAGAAGUUCAUAAACUGCAUGAACAAUUUCAGCAAUACGAAGCAACCAACGUUUAAUGGUAACACAUGCGAUCCCGAUGAAGUCAUUGAUGUCAUCUCCAUUGUCAUGGACGCCGCUCUUAUCGCCGGCAGAGUCUUCCGGAAACCCUAAAUAUGUUUUUUUUUCUAUAGUUUGAGUUAAUUGUUUCUCUUGUUUUCUACUCUCACACAUUUGUCUUUGUUUUAUCUAAUGUCUUCAUUUUAUAUAUAUCUGUUUUACGGGAAAACACACUAAUACGAAGUGUACCUUUAAGAUU